UCGACCAACAGCAACAGCAUCAGCGUGAGAGGCUGCAACUCGACCAACAGCAUCAGAGUGGGCGUGAGGGGCUGCAACUCGACCAACAGCAACAGCAUCAGCGUGAGAGGCUGCAACUCGACCAACAGCAUCAGAGUCGGCGUGAGAGGCUGCAACUCGACCAACAGCAUCAGAGUCGGCGUGAGAGGCUGCAACUCGACCAACAGCAUCAGAGUGGGCGUGAGGGGCUGCAACUCGACCAACAGCAACAGCAUCAGCGUGAGAGGCUGCAACUCGACCAACAGCAUCAGAGUCGGCGUGAGAGGCUGCAACUCGACCAACAGCAUCAGAGUGGGCGUGAGGGGCUGCAACUCGACCAACAGCAACAGCAUCAGCGUGAGAGGCUGCAACUCGACCAACAGCAUCAGAGUCGGCGUGAGAGGCUGCAACUCGACCAACAGCAUCAGAGUCGGCGUGAGAGGCUGCAACUCGACCAACAGCAUCAGAGUGGGCGUGAGGGGCUGCAACUCGACCAACAGCAACAGCAUCAGCGUGAGAGGCUGCAACUCGACCAACAGCAUCAGAGUCGGCGUGAGAGGCUGCAACUCGACCAACAGCAUCAGAGUGGGCGUGAGGGGCUGCAACUCGACCAACAGCAACAGCAUCAGCGUGAGAGGCUGCAACUCGACCAACAGCAUCAGAGUCGGCGUGAGAGGCUGCAACUCGACCAACAGCAUCAGAGUCGGCGUGAGGGGCUGCAACUCGACCAACAGCAUGGGCGUGGGAGUAAACGCGCACGGCUUGUAG